CACGGGAGGCACAGAGGACGACAGGAGCGCGCGCGUGGAACUCGUCCGUCUCGUCGACCGGGAGGCACCGCUCCGAGUUUAGCGACAGACAACAGACGCUGCGAAGGGUCCGAAUCGCUCGCGAGGAGCCCGCGGCGAGACAGCCGAGACGGACACGUGGCCUUGAAGAGCCUCGGGGAGACGGAUCUCGCGAGUCGCAAGACGGACGGCGGCAUCCGCGAGGAGGCGUCGCGGCCGCGGAAAAGAAAACCGACGGUCGGAGAAGGAUGCAGCGGCGCUCCUCCUACUGCUGCCUGCGGUGGUCGGGGUGGUGGUCGUGGUGGUGCGUCACGCUCACCGCUCUGCUGUCCCACUCGCCCCACGUGCCUCCCGUCAGCUGCGCCAGCGUGCACGGCCGCACGGACCCCACGGUGUCGCCCGGACGGCCCCUGCUGGCGCCGUCCCACCCCGAGGGGGGUCUCCGGGGGUCCAUGGCCCCGGCGGCGCAGAGACCCCCGAGGGAGCUGCUGCCCCCUCCGAGGCUUCCCUGGGUCUCGGGGACCGCCGCCAGUGCCCAGACGACGCAGCGGUGCGUCAGGCGGAGGCAGGCUGUGAUGCUGCCAUCGGGCCUCAGGGUGUGCCCUCAUCAGUCGCUCCAGGAGCUCAGGAUGACCCACCUCGCCCACUACAAGCUGCGCACGUGCCAGGACGCGGUGUGGGAGGCGUUCCGAGUGUUCUGGGACCGCGUGCCGGAGCGUGCCGAGUACCGCUCCUGGCUGGCGGAGUGCCUGCAUGGUCGCACCAGCGCCGCGGGGAUCGGCGCCGCCUUCAGCGCCUCCGUCGAGCACGCGCAGCUCCUCGACAAGAUUUCUACAAUGCACGAGGAGCCACACAGGGACGGCAAGGAGGUGGAGUGCGGACACAAGGACGCCACCGUGCAGACGUCAGCAGGCGGCCUCCCGCAUCUAGCAGGAACUACACGAGAAUCUCCGCCUCCAUAUCUCACCGGGCCGCCCCCAGCCGCCCCUAAGACUCCGCCGCCGCCACCGGCGACCUUGACCGGAACAACGACCCCCCCGGGGGUCGCCGGCUCUGUCAUCUCGACCGCCGUGAGGGUCGUGACCUCUGCGUUUGCCGGGCUUUUCGCCACGACGAUACAAACGCCGACGGUGGUGGCGCCCGCCGGUGUUGGGAACGCCGGGAUGCCAGCGCCGCCCGAGGUCACCGGUGCCUCAGCUGAACAGGGUGGUGCCGCGGCCGAAGAAGCUGAAGAGGGUGGUGCCGCCGCUGAAGAAGGUGGUAGUGCAGUUGAAGAGGGCGGUAGUGUAGCUGAAGAGGGUGGUAGUGCAGUUGAAGAGGGCGGUAGUGUAGCUGAAGAGGGCGGUAGUGCAGCUGAAGGGGGCAGUAGUGCAGCUAAAGAGGGCGGUAGUGUGUCUGAAGAGGGCGGUAGUGCAGCUGAAAAGGAUGGUGCCACAGCUGAAGAGGGUGGUGCCGCCGCUGAAGAGGGCAGUAGUGCAGUUGAAGGGGGUGGUGCCACAGCUGAAGAGGGCAGUAGUGCAGUUGAAGAGGGUGGUGGUACAGCUGGAGAGGAUGGUUCUGGAGCUGUGGGGAGUACUGUUGCUGAAGAGGGCGGUAGCGCCGUUGAAGACGGUGUUAGUGUGGUUGGAGAGGGCAGUAGCGCUACUGAAGAAGUCGGUAGUGCAGCUAAAGAGGGUGGUAGUGCCGCUGAAGAUGACAGUAGCACAGUUGAAGAGGGUGGUACCGCAGCUGAAGAGGAUGGUGCUGCAGCCGAAGAAUCUGAAGAGGGUGGUGCCGCAGCUGCAGAGGACGGUGCCGUCGCUGAAGAGGGUGCUAGUGCAGUUGAAGAAGGUGAUGCCACAGUUGGAGAGGGUGGUGCUACAGCUGACGAGGGUGGUGCUACAGCUGCAGAGGGUGGUGUCGCAGUUGAAGAGAGUGGUACCACAGCUGUAGAGGGCGGUUUUGGAGCUGAGGGGAGUACUGUUGCUGAAGAGGGCGGUAGCGCCGUUGAAGACGGUGUUAGUGUAGUUGGAGAGGGCAGUAGCACUACUGAAGAGGUCGGUAGUGCAACUGAAGAGGGUGGUAGUGCAGCUGAAGAGGGUGGUAGUCCAGCUGAAGAGGGCGAUAGUCCAGCUAAAGAAGGCAGUAGUGCGUCUGAAGAGGGCGGUAGUGCAGCUAAAGAGGGCGGUAGUGCAGUUGAAGAGGGUGGUGCCGCAGCCGAAGAAUCUGAAGACGGUGGUGCCGCAGCUGAAGAGGACGGUGCCGUCGCUGAAGAGGGCGCUAGUGCAGUUGAAGAGGGUGAUGCCACCGCUGGAGAGGGUGAUGCCACAGCUGAAGAGGGCAGUAGAGCCACUGAAGAGAUUCGUGCCGCAGAUGAAGAGGGUGGUAGCGCCGCUGAAGAAGACAGUAGCACAGCUGAAGGGGGUGGUGCUGCAGCUAAAGAGGGUGAUGCUACAGCUGACGAGGGUGGUGCUACAGCUGGAGAGGAUGGUGCUACAGCUGGAGAGGAUGGUGUCGCAGUUGAAGAGGGCAGUAGCACCGCUGAAGAGGUUCGUGCUGCAGCUAAAGAGAGUGGUACCGCAGCUGGAGAGGGUGGUUCUGGAGCUGAAGAGGGUGGUUCUGGAGCUGAGGGGAGUACAGUUGCUGAAGAGGGCGGUAGCGCCGUUGAAGACGCUGUUAGUGUAGUUGGAGAGGGCAGUAGCGGUACUAAAGAGGUCGGUAGUGCAACUGAAGAGGGUGGUAGCGCCGCUGAAGAGGGUGGUACUGCAGCUGAAGAGGGCAGCAGCGCCGCUGAAGAAGGCGGUAGCGCAGCCGAGGCGUCGGCGUCGGGGAAAGGUGAUGUCGGUGGCAGUGGGAACGCCUCUUCCUCCAACGAGAUCAUCGGCAGCUCGGCCGGGCCUGGCACGGAGCCGGCUCUUCCCAACGCCGUUCCGGAGCACCCCCUGGUGCAGGUGGUGGAGUUUAGCGUGCGCGUGACCCAGCCCGUGCCCUGCGUGGUUCCGCCCAGCUCCACGCAGCUCCACCGGAUCACCGAGCAACUCCGACGCAAGGUGCGCUCGCGGCCGCGAAUGCUGCCCGUGUUCGAGAAGAUGCCCGGAUAUAAGAAGCUGCACGUCCUGGGGUUCCGGUGUGGCAACAAGGUGGUGCACUACGCCGCGGUCUUCCAGGGCGGUCGUGGUGGAGGAGGAGGCGAAGGCCUUGUCGAGGAGACGCAGCCGAAUGGACGGACGGAUCAGCCGAACAUCUCGCGAGAGGAGGAGGUGGAGGCCGUGGACUCCGAUGACCUCCACAGUUCGGGGAGGAAUCCAGGUUCGGCCGAUGAUGCCUCCGGUGAUCGCCGUGGCCUUCAUGAGUUUGCCCACUCCGAGGAAGACCUGGACGUUGAGGAGGAGCAGGAGGAGACCCACGAGUCCGAACGGGACGAGCACCUCGCCUUGGCUCCGGGAGCCAAGGGGGAGCGAGAUGGAGAUGACCCACGGGAGGAACGGGAGGCUGGGUGGGCCAUGCCAGGGUCCAUCCAGGCUCUGCCACAAAUGGUCUCGGACGCUCUGCACAGACAGCAGCGGCAGCAGCAGCAGCAGCCUAAGGAGCAGCAGCUGACGGGAAUCGAUCCCGACUCCUUCCAGCUGACGCGCGAAUUCCUGACGGACCUCCCCGCGGACGCCAUCCACUACGACCUGCAGAUGUCCUCAGGUCCUCCGGCAGUCGCGCUCUUGGACGAGUGGGCGCCAGCGGUGCCCGCCUCUCGCUCGGACCGGACGGGCGAGGACGUGCGGACCGCCGGGACGAGGAAGACGACAACGACCAUCAACCCCGACCCGUUCCUCUCCUCCCCGCCAGACGGAGGCGGCCUUGAAGGAUCCGCCGAAGAGCUGCUCGUUAUCCUCGCUCCGUCCGCAGAGGAGAAGGGAGUGGGGCAGGAGGGGCUGCAGCAGGAGUGGACGAGUCAAAUGAAUCUGAACCUGCAGCAGGAGUAG